AUGGAAAAGCAUGUUAGUAUACCUAAUUAUGAAAUCCUUAGGGUUAUAGGUUCUGGAGCUUUUGGUAUUGUGUUGCUAUUAAUUCAAAGGAUAUGUUUUCGAAGCUUUUGAUACAAAAAGUCACUAAAAAGUAGCCUUAAAAAGAAUGUAAAAAGUUGGCAAAAUUUCAAGCAGAGAAUGUGAUAUAUUAAUAUAACUAAAAGCUUGUCCUAAUGUUAUUAAAUUGCUAGUAUAUAAUAUAAAAUAAUAAGGAUGUUUUCUAUAGCAGAAGUGAAGACAAUAAAAUGGUAUAAAAUAUCAUACUAGAAUUUAUGGAUCAAAAUUUAGAAAACAUUAUUAUAGAUCAUAAAAAAAGAAAAGAUUAUUUCGAUUCUAAAACUCUCAAAAACUAUCUCUAUUAGAUAUUAAAAGGUCUAGAUUAGAUUCACAGAAAAUGUAUUGCACAUAGAGAUUUAAAACCGUAAAUUAUUGAUUGUAAAGAAAUAGAGAAAAUAUUUUGAUUCAGGAUGGAAUUCUAAAGUUGUGCGAUUUUGGAAGUGCUAAAGAAAUAACUGGAACAACUAUGAAUACUCCUUAUAUUGUUUCAAGAUUUUAUAGAGCGCCUGAAUUAUUGUUGGGUGUUACCAAUUAUACUGAAUCUAUUGAUAUUUGGGCAUUUGGUUGUAUUAUGGCUGAAUUAGCAUUAUUGGAACCCUUUUUCAUUGNGGAUCGAUUGAUCCAGAUCCAUCAUUAUCAAAAAUAUCAAAUGCUUGUUUUACUUCCAAAACUUCCUCUUUUGUUAGAUGAGGUGGUUUUGCAUAAUCUUCAGCAUUAAAAGGUUUUGGUCCUUUUUAAGGAGGAGGAGGAGGAAUACCUCUUUUAGGAUCACCUUUUUAACCAGAGGAUGGAGGAGCCUAUCUUGACAUUUUAUUUAUUUUUAUUUAUAUUAUAAUUAGAUACUAAGGGAAGAAUUUAUAUUUGA